AUGAGCAUUCGGAUGGCUGCUGAGGUUGUAAACGCCGAUAAAGAGACCAUCAGAAAAAUUUUACACGACGAAUUGAACAUGAAGAAAGUCUGUGCGAAGUUGGUCCCAAAAAAUUUGACUCCUGAUCAAAAACUCUUCCGUCAACAGAUCUGCUCAGACAUUCUUGAGAGGUUAGAAGAAGAGCCUGAAUUGAUGGAAAACAUCAUCACCUGCGUUGAAACAUGGAUAUUCCAAUACGAUGUCGAAACUAAGCGGCAAUCCAUGUAUUGGAAGACUCCUGCAUCGCCAAGAAUGAAAAAAGCAAGGAUGCUGAAAUCCAAAUUCAAAGCCACGCUGAUCGUUUUCUUCGAUACCAACGGCAUCGUGAUGACUGAAUGGGUUCCAGAGGGUCAAACUGUGAACUAA